CUCCCGCGCACUCGACGCAGUGGGCGUCGUCGUCCGCACGCACGUGCAGCCGUUUAAGCCGCGCCGGCGGCCGCGAGGAGCCCAGGAAGCCCGGAGCGGGGAGGAACCUGUAGCUACCAUGGGAGAUGAAGAUUGGGAAGCGGAAAUCCUCAAACCUCACGUGUCUUCCUACGUUCCUGUAUUUGAGAAGGAUAAAUACUCUUCUGGAGCAAAUGGAGACACUUUUAACAGGUCUUCAGUUUCAUCAGAAAUGGAAGAUGGACCUUCUGGAAGAGAUCAUUUCAUGAGAAGUGGAUUUUCCUCUGGAAGAAAUUUGGGAAACAGAGAUAUUGGCGAGUCUAGUAAAAGAGAGAACACACCUUCAGCUGGGAGCUUUGGAAGAGGAAAGGGCUUUGGAAACAGAGGUUUUUUAAAUAACAAGUUUGAAGAAGAUAGCUCUGGUUUCUGGAAAGAGUCUAAUAAUGACUGUGAAGACAAUCCAACUCGGAGCAGAGGGUUUUCCAAGAGAGGCGGCUAUCAAGAUGGAAAUGAUUCAGAAGCUUCAGGGCCAUUCAGAAGAGGUGGAAGAGGUAGUUUCCGAGGUUGCCGUGGAGGAUUUGGUCUAGGAAGACCAAAUAAUGAAUAUGACCAAGAUCAGGGGACACAGCGUGGUGGUGGCCUUUUUGGUUCUAGAAAACCAGCAGCAAGUGAUUCAGGUAAUGGCGACACUUACCAAAGCAGAAGUGGAAGUGGACGAGGUGGCUACAAAGGGUUAAAUGAAGAAGUAGUGACAGGCUCUGGAAAGAAUUCCUGGAAGUCAGAAGCUGAAGGAGGAGAAAGCAGUGAUAUUCAAGGUCCAAAAGUGACAUAUAUACCCCCUCCUCCACCAGAGGACGAGGACUCCAUCUUUGCACAUUACCAGACAGGCAUAAAUUUUGAUAAAUAUGAUACCAUACUUGUAGAAGUUUCUGGACAUGAUGCACCACCAGCAAUUUUGACUUUUGAAGAAGCUAAUCUCUGUCAGACCCUGAAUAACAACAUUGCUAAAGCUGGCUAUACCAAGCUUACUCCUGUGCAGAAAUACAGCAUCCCCAUUGUGUUAGCGGGACGAGAUCUGAUGGCUUGUGCUCAAACAGGGUCUGGGAAGACUGCAGCUUUUCUCUUGCCUAUUUUGGCUCAUAUGAUGCGGGAUGGAAUAACUGCCAGUCGCUUUAAAGAGCUGCAGGAACCAGAGUGUAUUAUUGUAGCACCAACUCGAGAAUUGAUUAACCAAAUUUAUUUGGAAGCCAGAAAGUUUUCUUUUGGCUGGGUGCAUAUUGAGCAUCUGUUGAUCUCAGUGCUGAAGGGUGGGGCUGAGGCAGUGAGUCCUAGGAGCUUGUUGGCAGCCAGUCUGGCUGAACUGGUGAACUUCAGGCUGAGGUUGGCACGGAUCGUUGCACGUGGUCAUGUCGCAGGUGCUCUACACCGAGUGUACGCUCGUUCUGACUCAGAUGAUGCGUCCUCAAUCGUCUUCUUCGUGUCUGACGACGUAAGGUACAGGCACGCUGUAAUAUCUGAUGGAUGUCGGCUGGUGGUCGUAGAGGGCGCUUGGAUAGUAGUGGGCAGUAAUAUUGGUCUCAAACAAGUCAAGUACUUAGUUUUGGAUGAAGCUGAUCGAAUGUUGGAUAUGGGUUUUGGACCAGAAAUGAAGAAGUUAAUUUCUUGUCCGGGAAUGCCAUCAAAGGAACAGCGCCAAACUCUUUUAUUCAGUGCAACUUUUCCAGAAGAAAUCCAGAGGUUGGCUGGGGAGUUUUUAAAGUCAAAUUAUUUGUUUGUUGCUGUUGGACAAGUGGGAGGAGCUUGCAGAGAUGUUCAGCAAACCAUUCUUCAAGUUGGCCAGUAUUCAAAAAGAGAAAAACUUGUUGAGAUUCUACGAAACAUAGGUGAUGAAAGAACUAUGGUUUUUGUUGAAACCAAGAAAAAAGCAGAUUUUAUUGCAACUUUUCUUUGUCAAGAAAAAAUAUCAACUACAAGUAUUCAUGGUGAUCGGGAACAGAGGGAGAGAGAGCAAGCUCUUGGAGAUUUUCGCUGUGGAAAGUGCCCAGUUCUUGUUGCUACUUCAGUAGCUGCCAGAGGGCUUGAUAUUGAAAAUGUUCAACAUGUUAUCAAUUUUGAUCUUCCUUCUGCCAUUGAUGAAUAUGUUCAUAGAAUUGGGCGUACUGGGCGUUGUGGAAAUACUGGCAGAGCAAUUUCUUUUUUCGAUACUGAAUCUGAUAAUCAUUUAGCACAACCUCUAGUUAAAGUACUAUCAGACGCUCAACAGGAUGUUCCUGCAUGGCUAGAAGAAAUUGCCUUUAGUACAUAUGUACCUCCUGGCUUCAAUAAUAGCACCAGGGGAACUGUGUUUGCAUCUGUUGACACUAGGAAGAAUUACCAGGGCAAGAACACUUUGAAUACAGCGGGGAUUUCUUCUUCACAAGCUCCCAAUCCAGUCGAUGACGAGUCAUGGGAUUAAAGCAAACAAACAUACCUCAAGUCUGAUAGUUUUGAUGCAGAGAAGAAAAGUUUUUAUUUUUAAAAUUUUAACAGAAGUGUGAAACCUGAUAUUCUUAUAUCUCCUGUUCUUCUGUUCUUACUCCAACCCCUUAAAAAAUAACCAACUUCAUUGACUAGUUACGUGAGAUGCUGAAAGUUACAACAUUGCAGUUACUGAUACAAAUGGUGUUAACUGAAGACAUUAAAGCAUUCUAAAUGUUGUGCUUAUUUCUAGAAUAUUCUUCAGAAAGUUAAGGCAUGUUUCAUGUCCAAGUGCUAAGUCUUAGUAUAGUGUUUAUGAUCUUAUAAAACAAACAACAGGAUAUGAUGUAUGUUUGGUUAAUUAUUGGGUCUAAUUUCUACUUGAUCCUCUAAAAGAAUAGUGUGUUGGUACAUUGUAAUAACAUGAUUUUCAUGAAACAGUUGAGACUGAAGCCUUUCAAAGUUAUUUGAUUUUUUAGAUCAUCAGUCAGGUAAUGAAAAUGGUUCCGUUUGCAAUGUGAGCCCUGUACUUGGUGGUAUGGCAAAUGUUUGCUUUUAUAAUAUACAGAUUUUCCUUGGAAAUAAAAGAUGGAACACAUUUCCCCCUAA